AUGAGGUUAGCUGCGACCACGUUGCUUGCCAUUUUGGGCACGGUCAAUUCAUUGCCCGUGGGAAUUGAGUCUGUUAUUGAAAAAUCGCAAGAUGUUCUUGCCAUUGGCGACCAGGUCAAGUCUUUCCCUUUUCCUUGGCCUCACUGGGGUAAGCCAGAGAUUGACACGGAAAAAUUGCAAUCUGAUAUCACGGAAGAGGGUUUGAGAGAGAGGGCUGAAAAGCUUUACUCCAUUGCAAAAGCUUCGACCGACGAAUUCGGACAUCCGACUAGAGUCAUCGGCUCUCCAGGUCACUGGGGUACUGUGAACUACAUUUUGCAAGAGAUGGAGAAAAUGAGUGACUAUUACUCUGUGGACGUGCAACACUUUGACGCUGUUUACGGGAAAGUCAACUCUUACUCUCUUUUGAUUGACGGUGUAGAACCAAAGUCCUUGCUGGCUUUUUCCUUGACCCCACCUACUCCACAUAAGGCUCCGGUCCACGGGAACUUGGUUUUAGUAGAGAACUUCGGCUGUGACAUCUCCGACUUCCCUGCAAACAUCACCAAGGGUAACAUUGUUUUGAUUGGAAGAGGUGAAUGCGCUUUUGGUGUGAAGUCUGUCAAUGCAGGCAAAGCCGGCGCUGUUGGUGCUAUCAUUUACGAUGAGGACGCUCCUUUGCACGGCACUUUGGGUGAACCUACUGGUGACGAAGUACCAACUGUUUCUAUUAGCAAGAAAGACGCCCAACACUACAUCGACGUUUUGUCCAAAAAACCACACCAUCAGUUCGAAACUACUUUGUUUGUGGACUCGUACGUUAAGACCAUUAACACCAUCAACGUGAUUGCUGAAACCAGAGGAGGUGACCACAACAAUGUGGUUUCUUUGGGCGCACAUUCUGAUUCCGUCACUGAAGGUCCAGGUAUCAAUGAUGAUGGUUCUGGUACAAUUUCUUUGCUUGAAGUUGCUAAACACUUGUCCAAGUACAAGGUCAAGAACGCAGUUCGCUUUGCUUGGUGGGCUGCCGAGGAAGAGGGACUUUUGGGCUCAUACGCUUAUGCUAACUCUCUCAGCGACGAGGAGAACCAAAAGAUUCGUCUUUUCAUGGAUUACGACAUGAUGGCUUCUCCAAACUACGAGUACCAAGUUUACGAUGCUAACAACGAAGACCACCCAGAUGGAUCAGGCGAUUUGAAGGACCUCUACAUUGACUGGUACCUUGCACAUGGUUACAACUACACAUUGGUUCCAUUCGAUGGAAGAAGCGACUACGUGGGCUUCAUCGACGUUGGUAUUCCAGCUGGAGGUAUUGCCACUGGUGCUGAAGGAGUCAAGACCAAGAAAGGCGCAAAGAAGUUUGGUGGAGAGGCCGGAAAAUGGUUUGACCCAUGUUAUCAUCAGCUUUGCGAUGACUUGAAGAACCCAGACUACGAAGCUUGGGUUGUCAAUACGAAGUUGAUUGCUCACUCUGUUGCCACUUACGCCAAGAGCUUUGAUGGAUUCCCAGAAAGAGAUGUCAAGAACGUGGCCUCAAUUUCUUCUGUCAAGCCUAGCGACACUUUCAAGUACAGGGGCUCGAAACUCAUUAUCUAA